CAGUUGUCAAUUUAUUCAUUCUAACCAAACUUUUUUGUGUACUUUCUGUUAUUCAUCAUUGUACAAUCGCACCGUAUGUAAUGUUACCAGGAUUAUAUCGCAGUGAAAUUGAUAUAAGAAAACAGCAGAUUAACACGUUAAAAAUAUUCAAUGAUAACGUUACAGAAAUCCAAGAAGGUUCCGAAUAUCAGGUUUUAUUCAAGGCGUCGAAUAAGGAGUUCUGUCUGCACGUCCAGCUGACACCUGAGUUUCCCAAUGACAAACCGUUUUUGAGAAUCUCUCCCGUUGUGGUACAUCCUUGGGUUAACGCAGAUGGAGAUAUAACGUCGGCACCUGGCCUUUUAAAUUUUACUAUCCAUUCGGAUUUGGGACGAGUAGUACAAGCCAUAAUUCGAGAAUUUGCACGUAAUCCACCUCCUUUGACGAAUGACCAAUCUGUGACUUCCCCCUCGGGACCAAGCUUAGGGGUUGAAAGUGACACAAUGGGACGCAGUAGUCCCAUUUACUCGUAUAGCUAUCCAAGCAUGGCUCCAGUUCAGCAAGCCACUCAUCAGUCGAUGGCAUUUCCAGAACUUAACUCUCUGACAUUGGAUGAGCUGCAGUUCAUGAACGAGUGUGUCGAACGACAGGCAGAAUUCGUCGAUAACUUACCUCAAACUAAAGAAAUGAACAAAGCGAUUGACGAUCUCAUAUCAAACAUUGAAGAGCUGGCCGACUCAAAUUUGUCCAAAAAGGAGCACUUUGAGCAUUUAAACAAAGAAAUCGAGACAAAGGUAGAUUUGGUUAGUAAGUUGGCCUACGAAAACGAAAGACUGAACUUAGUUUAUCAAUCAUUAUCUGAGAAAUAUUCACCAAAGAAUAUAAAGGAACAGCUGCGAGAGGCGGCUGAAGUUUCAAAUAGUGACAGUGAACGUGUAGCCGAAGCGUUUCUUAAUGGUGAUUUAGAUGUAGAUAAAUUCGUUACAUCUUAUACAAAAAUUAGGUCGCUAAGUCAGGCAAGAAAGACCAAGGAAGAAAAACUUGCUCAACAAUUGCGAAAUUUGGAAAAAGCUGGCUUUUAGAAGUGGGGAUUAAGCGCUAUAUUAUUUAUUUACAUUGUGAUUUAUUUGUUAUAUUAGUUUUCUUAGGUGUGAAAGGGGAUGGCUUUAUAUUAAACUAAUUGUCUAAUUUUUUUUUAUUAUAUCUAUACAUUCAAUGUUC